AUGGAGCAAGAGUGGAAUAUUGAAAAUGAUAACAAUGCAGAAGUGAUGCUGCCUGGCUUCAGAUUUCACCCCACCGAUGAAGAAUUAGUAGGGUUUUAUCUAAGGAGAAAAGUUCAACACAAGCCUCUCUCCAUUGAACUCAUCAAGCAGCUUGAUAUCUACAAAUAUGACCCAUGGGAUCUUCCAAAGAUGGCCACUACUGGGGAGAAGGAAUGGUACUUCUACUGCCCUAGGGACAGGAAGUACCGGAACAGCGCCCGGCCGAACCGCGUCACUGCGGCUGGAUUCUGGAAGGCCACUGGAACCGACCGGCCGAUCUACUCAUCAGACGGUGGCACCAAGUGCAUCGGCUUGAAAAAGUCGCUUGUUUUCUAUAGAGGGAGAGCUGCGAGAGGAACGAAGACCGAUUGGAUGAUGCAUGAGUUCCGGCUGCCCUCGGCCGCGCCAAAGAAAUAUUUGGACAAAAAUAUCCCCGCACAUGAAGCAUGGGCAAUAUGUAGGAUUUUCAAGAAAGCAAGCACGAGUGCACAAAGGGCUCUCACUCUCUCCCACCAAUCUUGGAUUUCAACAUAUUCCGACAACACUACGAUGAAUCCAUCUUCUUCUUUGAGCAUGAGCUUCUCCACCGAUUUGCAGCCGUCGAGUUUCUCUCACCUAAAUCAGCAAUGGCAGUCAAAUGGGAUCCAUCAAAAUGCGAUCUUUGACGAAGCAAGUCAUCAAGAACAGCCUCCAAAGAUCUCCACCAACGAUGCUUCCUCGUUGUUGCUCGACAUGUCGACUUCCGUGCUCGGAUAUGGGGCGGGGGCGGCGGCGGAGAUGGUGCAAGAAAACGGUGGAAGUGUGAAUGUGGGAGAGGGGGGUGAAGAGUGGGGGAUGAUGGUUAGGUAUCCGAGUUAUGGUUUUGCACUGAGCUCGAAUUUGGUGUGGGAUUCAUCUCCUUGUCCAAGUGAAUUGUCCACGGCUUAUUCUACUAACAAUUGCUACACUUGA